GUAGUAUCCACCAACAUCUCCGCGGAGAUGAUUGCAGGUUUAAAAAUUAGCGAAGAACCCACAAGAAACAUCACGGCUCGUUCGACUGGAUUCGAUAUAUAUCUCCGACAGCCUCCAGGAUCACGGUGGAGGGUCAUACACAGCCCUACGAAUCGUCUCGAUAUAUUCUCCCCACCAAUAUCAACAAGAUAUACGAAGUACUAGGAUGAAUGUGUCAUGGACCCCAACAGGAUGCAUAACAACAACUGCAAUGUAACCCAUUAGGGUCCCAUUAGGGAACGGACGCUGUCAGCCCGGUGGAAGAGAUUGCUUUCUCCUACUUA